GUGACUUGUUAAUCAUUGUCUCAGUCUUCGUUUCCUGCUCGGCUCCAGCGACUUGUUUCACUUUGAGAGUGACAGAUUGAAUCACUAUGUCAGCGUCUAGGGUCUUUAUCUGUGGCUGGUGCUGAUUGGUCUGCUGUGUACAGAGUGGGCGGAGUCAACUCACAUGAAUAAUCUCAGUUUCUUCUUUGAAAAUGACUGCUUGAUACAAACUCAGGAGCCCAGCUGUCUGAAACAACUGAAGAUGAAGCACGUUUGCUGAAUUUACUGAGAUUAAAGUGAAAAUCGAGAAUGAGUUCAAUGAAGGACAAGCUUCUCUUGGUUUUCUAUCAUGAUGUCAUCCUUCUUCUUCUAACAUGGCAUUGUGGAGGUCAGUCUCAGAUGAUUGGUCCAACUCAACCAUUGGUUGCAAUGACAGGGGAUGACAUCAUUUUACCAUGCCAGCUAGAACCAGCUAGGGAUGCUGUUGACCUGACUGUGGAAUGGUCUAGACGUGACCUUAAACCUAGAUUUGUCCACUUAAAGCGGGACGAUGCGGAGCUCCUGACUCAGAAUGCUUUGUACUCCAGAAGAACAUCACUGUCUAUCAACAAACUGAAAUGUGGUGACAUUUCAUUGAAACUCUCCAAAGUGCAAGUCUCUGAUGCAGGAAUGUAUAACUGCCUUGUUCCUGAAAUUGGUGCAGAAACUGGGAUGGAGCUCGUUGUUGGUUCUGUUUCUUCUGUAGUCGUGGAGAUAUUCAAAGUCAAAAAUGAAAUCUUCUUUAAAUGCAAAUCUAACGGCUGGUAUCCAGAGCCUCAGGUGUUUUGGCUGAACAGUCAGGGAAACCAAAUCACAGCUGAAUCUACAAACAGUGCCAAAGGUUCUGAUGGCCUCUAUACUGUCAGCAGCACUGUGACUGUGAGCAAGAGACAGACCUACAGUCUCACCUGCAGAGUCCAACAGAAGAACAUCAACCAGAUUGAAGAAGCACAUAUGCAUGUUUCAGGUGAAUUCUACUUGGUCCAGUGUAAUCCUGCUGUUCAGAUUACUAUCAACCUAGCUGUUUGCUUAAUAGUGAUUGUUACAACAGUAUUACUAAUAUGGAAAUGCGGACAAAAGAAAACCAAAAUCAGGAUACAUGAUGAGGAUGUAAAUGAACUACAUCAAACAGAGAUGGAGGAGAAAUUACAGAGAGAAUGUGAGGAAAAGAAAAGACUUGAAGAUGAGUUGCAGAACAAUGAGGAAGACUUAAAACAUGUCAGACAAACCAUUGAAAAACUGAUGGAGCAGAAGACAUUUCUGAAGAACCAGAGAGAAAAACUCAUCACACUACUGCAGGAGGACAAGACAGAGAUGAAAGAGGCCGUGAAAAAGUUGGAGAUAGAACCAAAAACUGACAGAGAGAAAAGAAUGCAGAAGCGUGGAGAUAAAAAAGUUAACCUAGAAAAGAGAACAGAAGUACAUGAAGAACUGUUAAAGAUGACAGAAAAGCUAAUGGAGGAAACAGAGAACAUUAUAAUCCAAAUGACAGAAAGAAAGGGAAAGCUAGAAAAAGACAAGGAACAAAUUAUUAAACACUUGAGAGAGAAACAAAGAAAUGAAAGAGAUUUAGAAGAAACUGUCAGAGAAACAAGUGAGAAACACUGAGCAGCAAAGGACAGAGUAACACAACAAACAAAACAUGGAUUUUGCUGUUUUUUUUCUCUUGCUGUCAUUUUGCAAUGUGAGACCUAAUGUUUCUUUCUUUGUUUGCUUUAAAUUUAUACUAUAUACAUUUAAGCAAUCAAUCAAUCAAUCAAGGCUUUAUUCGCCACAUGCAGGUUGCCCUGCAGUGAAAUGG